GGCGGGCAAUCGCAUCAAAAGCGCGCGUCUCUCCGAGCCAUCGCAACUUCUUUUUCCCGCCCAAACCCCCCAAAACCCUUACAUUUCUUCCAAACCCUAACCUCAAAAUUUGUGUUGUUGCGAUUCUCUACAUCCUCAUAAGCCCUAGCUUAGUUCUUCCAAUUUGAUAUCGUUUUUUUUACUCGCGAAAAAUCGAGCAUGGAUGGGGAUUUGCAAGAACACAACAAGCUUCCUGAGCUAAAAUUAGAUGCUAAACAAGCUCAAGGGUUUCUCACGUUCUUCAAGAAAUUACCUAAUGACGAGAAGGCCGUUCGCAUUUUUGAUCGACGGGAUUAUUUCACAGCACAUGGUGAAAAUGCUUCAUUCAUUGCAAAAACAUAUUACCAUACAACAACAGCUCUAAGACAAAUUGGCAAUGGAUCCGAUGCAGUGUCUAGUGUAUCUGUAAGCAAAAACAUGUUUGAAACAAUCGUCCGUGACCUUCUUCUAGAAAGAACAGAUCAUAGUCUUGAACUAUACGAAGGCAGUGGCUCAAACUGGAGAUUAACAAAAAGGGGGACACCUGGCAAUCUUGGCAGCUUUGAAGACAUCCUUUUUGCAAACAAUGAUAUGCAAGAUUCUCCUGUGAUUGUUGCUUUACUUCCAAACUUUCGUGAAAAUGGCUGCACUGUUGGUUUGGGUUAUGUUGAUCUUUCCAAAAGGGUACUUGGAAUAACCGAAUUUCUUGAUGAUUCCCACUUCACAAAUGUUGAAUCUUGUCUAGUUUCUCUUGGUUGUAAGGAAUGUCUUUUACCUACCGAAAUCUCCAAGUCAAAUGACUGUAAACCCUUAUAUGAUGUCAUGUCAAAAUGUGGUGUGAUGGUAACUGAAAGAAAGAAAGCUGAGUUCAAAUCAAGAGAUGUGGGACAGGAUCUUGGUAGACUGGUCAAAGGUUCUAAUGAACCAGUUCGUGAUCUUGUUUCCUCUUUUGAAUUUGCACCUAUGGCUUUAGGCGUGUUGCUAUCGUACACCGAGUUACUCUCUGAUGAAAACAACUAUGGAAACUAUCAAAUAACUCAAUACAAUCUUGACAACUACAUGAGAUUAGAUUCUGCAGCUAUGAGGGCAUUGAAUGUAAUGGAAAGUAAGACGGAUGCCAACAAGAAUUUUAGUCUUUUUGGUCUUAUGAACAGAACAUGUACAGCUGGCUUAGGUAGAAGGUUACUUCAUUUAUGGCUAAAACAACCUUUGUUAGAUGUCACAGAGAUUAAUAAAAGACUAGAUUUGGUUCAAGCUUUUGUGGAAGAUACUGGUUUUCGUCAGGUUUUAAGGCAACAUCUGAAAAGAAUAGCUGAUAUUGAGCGAUUAAUACGGAUUAUUCAGAAAAAAAGAGCUGGUUUGUUGCAUGUUGUCAAGCUUUAUCAGUCAAGCAUCAGAGUUCCAUACAUCAAAAGUGCAAUGGAAGGGUACAAUGGUGAAUUUGCAUCACUGAUAAAGGAAAGAUACAUGGAUCGCCUUAAUUUUUGGACUAAUGAUGAACACCUAAGCAAGUUCAUUGGUCUUGUGGAAGUUUCAGUUGAUCUUGAUCAACUUGAAAAUGGAGAAUACAUGAUUUCACCUGGUUAUGACUCUCAAUUAUCAGCACUAAAAGAUGAACAAGAAUCACUAGAACAACAAAUACACAAUUUGCAUAGAAAAACAGCUGAUGAUCUUGAUCUGGCUCUUGACAAGGGUUUAAAGCUGGAUAAAGGCACACAAUUUGGUCAUGUUUUUAGAAUCACAAAAAAGGAAGAACCAAAAGUGAGAAAGAAGCUUGCUGCCCAAUUUGUUGUUCUUGAAACCCGAAAAGAUGGUGUAAAAUUUACAAAUACUAAAUUAAAAAAAUUAGGAGAUGAAUACCAAAAGAUUCUUGAAGAAUAUAAAAGCUGUCAGAAGGAACUGGUAACCCGUGUUGUUGAAACAGCAGCUACUUUCUCUGAGGUGUUUGAGGGUUUGGCUAUGUUACUUGCUGAGCUGGAUGUCUUGCUUAGUUUUGCUGAUCUGGCAGCUAGCAGCCCCACCCCUUAUACCAGACCAGAAAUCACACCUUCGGAUACAGGCGAUAUUAUAUUAGAAAACAGCAGACACCCUUGUGUAGAAGCUCAAGAUUGGGUGAAUUUUAUUCCAAAUGACUGCAAACUUGUUAGGGGAGAGAGUUGGUUUCAGAUUAUAACGGGACCCAACAUGGGUGGAAAAUCCACAUUUAUACGGCAGGUUGGUGUGAACAUUCUUAUGGCACAAGUGGGUUGUUUUGUUCCCUGUGAUAAAGCUUCCAUUUCCAUCCGUGAUUGUAUUUUUGCUCGUGUUGGUGCUGGUGACUGUCAGUUGCGUGGAGUUUCUACCUUUAUGCAAGAAAUGCUGGAAACAGCUUCAAUUUUGAAAGGUGCAACUGACAAAUCGCUAAUUAUUAUUGAUGAACUGGGUCGUGGAACUUCAACUUAUGAUGGAUUUGGUUUAGCUUGGGCUAUAUGUGAGCACUUGGUUGAAGUGAUAAAAGCACCUACUCUAUUUGCUACUCACUUUCAUGAGUUGACCGCAUUAGCUCAUGAAAAUUCUGGUCAAACUUCCGGCAUAGCAAAUUACCAUGUUAGUGCACACAUCGACUCAUUGAGCCGAAAACUAACAAUGCUUUACAAGGUUGAGCCAGGAGCUUGUGAUCAAAGUUUUGGUAUCCAUGUGGCAGAGUUUGCAAAUUUUCCUCAAAGUGUCGUAUCUCUUGCCAGAGAAAAAGCUGCUGAGCUGGAGGAUUUUUCGCCCCUUUCUAUUGUAUCAGAUGAACCUGAACAUAUGGUUGGAUGUAAGCGUAAGAAACCAUCAGAAGAAGAUGACGUGGCGAUAGGUGUUCCACGGGCCCGCCGGUUUUUGAAGGAAUUCUCGGAAUUGCCCCUUGACAAAAUGGAGUUAAAGGAGGCUUUGCAAGAAGUGAAAAGGUUAAAGAAUGAGAUGCUGAAUGAUGCAGGCGACUGUAAAUGGCUCAAACAAUUCCUUUAGUUAUGCUUAUGUUAUGCCUACCUUCAUUCCUCUUCAUUUUGGUAAUUACCACUUUUGCCCUCGAUAUCCGGUGUUUUUCUAUGGGCACCUUACCAUUACAUUAUUGGGAUAUGCUAUGUUGGUCAAAUUCGUUUUGUUUGGAGUAGUUUUGUUAAGAGGAGGGGUGUCUUUGUUAGUUAAUAGUUUCAGAUGGACUAAUUAUGUGGUUUUCAACAAGUAUAUAUAAUAGUUGAAGCAAUCCUACGUUUCUAUGGAGCA